CGCCAAAUAGCUACUUUCAGUUUCGGAAAUCAAACGUAAACAACACAAUGCCAGAGAAAACAAACGCAUACGACCCGACGUGUUUGCCUGACCUUUUGCCAAUUUAUUACAAGAAAUUAUUUCCUUACGGUCCAUAUUUUAAAUGGCUAAAUUACGGCGGAGUGCCAAAAGGCUACCUCAGUCGACGAGAGUUCUCCUUCACUCUAAAGGACGACAUUUACAUCCGGUAUCAGUCGUUCUCAACUCAAGAUGAGCUAGAAAAAGAAAUACAAAAACGAUGUCCAUACAAGAUUGACAUCGGAGCUGUUUUUUCCCACAGGCCCCGUGAGCACAAGACCGUGAAAGCUGCAGCAUUUCAGGCCCAAGAAAAGGAGCUGGUGUUUGAUAUUGAUAUGACUGAUUACGACGAUGUCCGGUCAUGCUGCUCAGGCGCUGACAUCUGUGAUCGGUGCUGGCCGCUGAUGCAGAUUGCCGUCAAAAUUAUUGAUAGGGCGCUAAGAGAUGACUUUGGUUUUGAGCAUCUGUUGUGGGUGUAUUCUGGUCGCCGUGGCGUCCAUUGCUGGGUUUGUGAUGAGACAGCCCGCAAACUCUCACAGACGGGACGAACGGCCAUCGCUGAGUACCUAAGUGUUGUCAAGGGAGGCGAAAAUCAGACAAAGAAGGUUGUGUUGGACGAGAAUCCACAUCCCUCCAUUAAGUGUUCUAUAGACAUUGUGCGUGCUCGUUUCCGUGACUACGCAGUCAAGAAGCAGGAUUUCAUGGGAGAUGAAGAAAAGUGCAAGAAAGUUCUUCAACUCAUCCCAGAUGAAAAUUCCCGUGCAAAUCUUGAGAAAUUGUUUGAAAAGAAGAUGGACACUGACACAAGCAGCUUACGGUGGCGAAUGUUUGAGAAGAUAUGUGAGGAAAGGCGACUGAGCGUUGAGGGCAAGCGUUCCCCGAAUCUCCAAGACGAGGUCAUGUUACAAUACUGUUAUCCUCGUCUGGACGUAAACGUCAGCAAGGGAGUGAACCAUCUCCUGAAGAGCCCCUUCUGUAUACAUCCUAAAACUGGUCGUGUUUGCGUGCCAAUAGAUCCCGAGAACAUUGACAGUUUUGACCCAUUUGCUGUUCCAACUAUAAGUACAAUUGUUGAAGAACUGAACAAGGCAGGGACAGUGGGUGAUGAUGAAAAGAAAGUCAGAGACUACAACAUGACCUCGCUGAAGCCGUGUAUCGAUGUGUUCAACAGAUUUCUGUCUGGCCUAGAGAAGUCCUGGCAGGGGAAAAUGAUUGAACAGAGUGAUAUAAAGAUGGAGUUCUGAUGGAAAAUUCAAAAAAGGAUCUAUGCGAUGUCUGGAAUAGUCCAUAUUUUUUAAACUUGUUACUCUUGUCUGUGAAAUUAAUGAUAGAUCGAGAUAUUCUGGGAAGCUGGUUUGGACAAGCCAAAGAUUGCAGAACAUUAUAGAUAAUCUCUAUCAUUUUAAUCAGAAAUAGUAUUUCAAAAUAUUUAACUGUGUAAGUUGUCAUUGGUCAUUUGAAUCCAUCAUACUAACUACAAGAACAUGCGCUCAAAUGUACUCAUGCAGGUUAAGCUGGUUGAGCCAAGUCAUCUAAUUUAUAUAAAAAAAAAUGUAUGAUAGGUUUGAAAAUGUUAAAGCUGCACUCUCACAGAUUAACCAUUUUUACUUUUUUAUUUUUUGUUUGGGAAUGCGCAAUUUUUUGCAUAAAUAUCUGCAAACCAGUGAUAAAAGACUGCUAACAAAAAAUCAGAUCCGAGAUUUUCAUUUUUCCGUUCUAAAAAUAAUGUUUUAUGGCUUAAACCGUUACUUUAAGAUUUAAGAAAAAUGCAUAAAACAUCAUUUUUUGAACUUCAAUAUAAAAAUCUGCGAUUUUUUUUUGUCAGCAGCCUUAAAUGACUAGUUUACGUGCAUUUGUUCUUUUUGAAUAAAUUGGGUCGUUCCAUGACAAAGAAUAAAGAAGUUGUCAAAACGUUCAAUCUGUGAGAGUGCAGCUUUAAACAAUCUUUAUAACCCCUGUAGUAAAAUUUAAUGCUAACACUCCAUGGUAUAAAGUAUCCUAUGAAAAUUACUUUGGAAAGAAAACAAGUAGAAAAUAGCUGUUGGCUUGUCCAACUUGCAAUAAGCAGUAGCAAUGAGCUAUUGGCAUUCUUCGUCUGGCUUUCCAUUAUUUAAUCUUAAUGGUAAAUGGUAGUAUGAUUGAAGGUUUCAAAACAUUGCAUAUUGAUAUACUUGUUUUUCUGUUAUACCUAUUUAUAAUGUAUGCAAUAAAUAUCAAACGCA